UGUCUGCCUCCGUGUUUGUAUGACAGAUACCGCCUUGAUGUCCCCGAAAAUUAGUGUCAGCUUUUGUGAAGGACAAUGUCUGGUGAGAUUUUCUCACGUGAUCCUUUCCCAGAGAAUCUCGAGGAUGUUGAUGUUAUUGGGAGGAAUCCACUGAUGUGUUACUUGUGCAGUGGAAAAUAUGAGGACCCAUGUAUACUAGGAUGUUAUCAUAGCUUCUGCUCUACAUGUCUUCAAGGAAGGGCCAAAGAUGGCAAAAUGUUGUGUCCAUUGUGCAAGGAAAGCACUACCCUUAAAGAAGGUGAAAGCUUACCUCUUGAGGAUAAGCUACUCCAAUUCCUUGUCAUGUCAUCCAGUGAAGAAAGGGAACAGUGUGCUAACUGUGAUAUGGAUGAGGGACAGAUGUAUUUCUGUAAUACCUGUUCACAGCCUUUGUGUGAAAGAUGUCGUGAAGAAACUCACCGUGCAAAGAUGUUUACCCGACAUGAUAUUGUACUCUUGUCAAAACGCACAAAAGAGAUUCACAGGGAAUGUUUUCUUCACCAUGAACCAUUUAUCCUGUUUUCUACAGAAAAGAAAACUAUGCUGUGCAUUAACUGUUUCAGAGAUAUGAAAAUAGAGAGUCGCUCCUAUUGUGUUGACAUGGAAACAGCAUACCAUCAGUGCUGUAAGAAACUAGACCAGAGAAUGCAGGCUAUUAGAGACUUGCAACGUUCUGUUCAGGACUCCAUACUUUUACUCCGUGCCUUGCUAGAAGAGAUAACGCAAAACUCAGACUUGGAAAAAUCUGCUAUCAAUGAACUCUAUGACUCUUUGAUUAAAGAAAUAACAGGAAAGAAAGAGACCCUGUUGAUGGAGGUGGAUAGACAGUACCAGGAUAAGCAGAAACUAUUUACAGAAGAGCUGGCUAGUCUAACCACACUGUUACCAACACUUCACACACACUUAGUCACAUGUGCUGCCUUCUCAAGCUCAGCCAAUAAAUUUGAGUUCUUAGACCUUGCCUAUAUCCUGAUGGAGCGACUGAAGUCGAUUAUUCAUCUACAGUAUCCUCUCCAUCCAUCACAGGGAAGUCAGAUUUACACAGGCUUCAAAGUAGAGAUAGCCAAGUGCCUGGAGCCGCUACUGUUUCCACAGAAAAUAUCUGCAACUGGAUCUCUGUCACUCUCCGCUGCUGUCACUACAGCCCCACGCCUAGAAAAGAAUCCUGUUCCCCAAGCUAAAGUCAGAUCAGGAACUCUUACACAAAAUGAAAGACGACAGGUUGUCCUCAAUAAGCUCAAGCUUGCAGAAGGCAAAGGUGUGUUUGCUGAUCACUGCCAAGACUUUGAUGCAUCUCACAAGAGUCUGUCCCAGAUGGUAGAACGCUUGAAGAGUCAUCUACAGGAGCUACAAAGGGACCUAACUCUGCGACGAUGCCUCACCAAGCAAACUGUGAUGGAAGAGCUCCAGUGCAAGGUUGAACAAGUUGAGCAGCAAUUAGAAAGUCACAAAAUCAGGAUGGAACAGAAACAGCCUCACUUGGAAAAGUACUGGGAGGAAUGUGUCCAGAGGAUGACUUGUGAACAGGAAGUGUAUCAAGCUCAACUCCAGGAUGUGAUGAGAAUUCAGCAGGAGACAAGUCAUCUCCGAACCAUCCUAAACCAGCUGUCUCGAUUUGUGACCUCCAUCACAGCCCUUACAGAGAGGCUAGCUCCUAAAUUAGCUACCUCUUCAAAGGAAAGUAACCAUGACAACCAAAUAGCGGCUAUCUUUGAGCAGAUCAACACCAUGGAGCCAGACUCUCAACACAGAGUGGAGGCUAUUCGUACUGCAGAAGAGGAGAGAGAGACCCUCACAGCCAAUCGUACAAACCCCAUGGAUGAGGAACUAAUCAAAACCAAGGGGCUCUUGAGAGCACCGUCUGCACGACGAGAAGGGAUCCAACGCAAGCGGGAAAUGAGGGACACCAAACGAGAUUCCAUGGAGAAGGAUUCAACUCCAUCUCCAUGCAGGGAAUUAAAUUUAACUGCAUGUCUGAAAGAAAUAGAAACAGCUACCAAGGACUGUAGGGGAGAUAUGUCAGAAAUCGAAGUGAAUAGAACAUCAGUGACCGACUCUCCAUGCAAAAACUGUUCUACAAAAACACAAGCUGAUAGUCUACAGGAGAGCAAUGAAGUAACAACUGUACAAGAAGUAAAAGGUGAAUCAAUUUUGUCUAAAGUACGAAAUGAAGCUAGUCAUUCAGAAAAAGAGCUAGUAUCAAAUACAGUAUCAAAGUGUGAUCCUGGGGAAUCAACAGGGCAUGUAGAGGCCUUAGCAGAGGCUAGUCAACCUCUAGAAUCAAAGACAUUGAAACCCACAUCAGAAUCUUGCCAUAUAAAAUCUGACUUUACUAAGGAAGCAAUACUACAAAUCCAAAAUGAUAGUACAAAUGAGAGACCAUUGUCUCCAAGAAACAGUUUAUUGACUAAUGAGGAACCUGCUUUAAAUGUUUCUGUGGAAAAGUUAGGGUCUAAAACAUCACCUGCUUCUAAAGGAAUAUCCUGUGAUGAACUGUCUGCAUCAUGUUUACCAGGAGGCCACCAGUUUUCAGAAAUAGGAAAUUUGAAUUCCCCAGCCCCCUCUGAUAUUUCAGGGUCUGGGUCUGGAUCCUUAGGGUCAGAUACUCCAGUAAGUAGAGGAGGGUCUUUAGGGGAUAUGUCUGAGGUUGAAGGCCAGGAAGAUGAUAUGACUGGAGGAGAGACACUCAGGGCAAGAAUUGAAAGAUUGAAAGUUUCAAUAGACAAUGGUACAUCCGCUACUCAGAGUUCAAAGUCACCACAGGACAAUAUAGCCAAAGGAUCAAGGUCACCACAAGAUAGUAUAGCCAAAGGGCCAUGGUCACCACAGGAGAAUGUGUCACAUGGGUCAAGGUCACCCAGGAAUAAAUGCCCAUUAUCAAAUGGCUUGUCGUCACAAUUAGAUGUAGAUAGAGUUGCAUCAAAAAAGCUCAACGAUUCCUCCUGUGUUGGGAAUGGAGAUUUGUCCCAGAAAGGAGAUGAUAUUUCUAGGUCUGCUGAUGUUGUUAAAACAGCCGAGUCAAGUGUGCCGGAGUUAAAAUCACAGACACAAGCCAGGCAAGGUAGUCAGGUAGGUGGUCGUCGUCGACGAAGAGUAAAAUGUGAACAGACUGCUAAUUCAGCCAAGACCAGUGGCGAAAGUCAGGAGUCAGAUAUGAAGGACAAGGUCACAGAGGUCAAAGGGAAUAAAAGUACUUAAAGGCAAUAAAUUGGGUUUGGAGGAGAUUAUAGGUUAUAGGGCUAAUUAAAUGUUUGACAAAAUUGGAUUGGAUUGUUUUACUGGGAGGAAGGAAUUGAUGCUAUUGUUAGGAUAGUAUGGUUUAUCAGUGUAAAACAGUCAUCUUGUCAAUUCUUGCCCAAAGUCACUUGUAAUGCCACAGCAUCCUUAACUGGUAAUCUCUGUUAAGUACUUAUAAUAUGGAGGAAGACUUUUCACAGAAGUAACGAUACUGUUUAUUGUACUAACAUUAUGUACUGGGUACUUGUUAUGCUUGCAAUUUGGAGUGAAAUAAGUUGAAACUGUCAUUCCUUGUUUGAUAAGUGUAGAUCUUCUAAUAUUGGUAUCCACCGACUUAUACAAGAAAACAUGCCUCAGAUUGACUUUUGACUGUUUAUAAGGCCAUAAACUUAAUAUUCAGAUCUCUUGAUAUUUACUGUGAUGAUAGUGUGACUUCAUCAGCAUAAUUUCAUUUUUCAAUAAAUUUUUAUGAUUUUUGUUGUCGGAUGUAAACGGUUAUGUUUAUUUCAUGUAUAUACCAUAUAUACAUUGUAUAUAUAUAUAUAUAUAUAUAUAU